CACUUUCAUCUCGCUGCCCAUCGCUGACGCUUCCGCACACUCAUUCUGACCCACGCUUGAUCUCUGACCCGCUGGCUCGACGCCGCCACAUCGCUCCUUCACCCCCUGUCACUCUCUCCAGAUCUUUGCACCCUUGCGCUCCCAUCUUCGUCCCUUCGCCCUCUCAUCCCCCUCGACCGCGACCAGCUUCCCCUGCCCGCAUCUCUCGCUUCCCCGUCCCUAUCUCCUAUCUCGCGUCCGCUCGCGCACGCCCAAUGCCAAGUCUCGACCCGAUCCAAGUCACAGUUGCUGGCAGCGCAGCGUGCCUCGGCGUGUACGUCAUCCUCACCGCGCUCGUCGUCUACAACUCGAAGAAGUGCGCGUACUGCGACCAGCGCCUCGUAGUGUGCAACUACCUGAUCGCGCUAUGUUCAUUCCGCCUCGUAAUCUUUGCACUCCGCAUAGCCACAGCAACAAUGGGGACGUGGGGGAUAGUGCCCUUCUGGAUCAGCUACGUCCUCAUGCCCGGUGCGACGUUCUGCCUGGCUGAGAGCGGCGCGCAGCUCGUCUUCGACUGGCACUGGCACGGCGUCGCGCCGGGCGACAUCCCGCGCUCGCAGCGUCUCGGCUGGGCCGUCCCGCGGCACCUGUUGCUCAGCGUCGCCCUCGUGCUGGGCAUGUUCAACAUCGUCACGCGCAACUACAUCCCGCUCGGCUACCUCGCCGCGGGCAUCUGGUGGUUUGCGGCGGCCGCGAUGGCCGUCGGCUCCGUGUGGAUCUGGGUGUGUCGGCGCCGGACCGACCCCGUCGGCGUCGGCGCGCUCCUCUUCGCGUGGGCCUUCACCAUCGCCCUGUCCGCGCAAGCAGUGUUCGUGCUCUUCCUCGCGCUGGGACGGUUCCGCCAACCCGCCGAGGCCCUCGCCGCCUUCCCGUUGCUCGAGCGUGGCGUUGUGACGCUCAACGUCGUCCCUGACCUCCUCGUUCUUCUGCCCGCUGUCUCGCUCGACAUGCGCGACCUCGACGCAUUACGCGGCUUCCGCUUUGCAUGGCACGAGACUUCGGGUGUGGCGGCAUGCGAGCCGCACGAGACACAUGAAAUGCGCCGCCGCCGCACCCCGCCGCCGCCGCCGGACGGCUACGAGCGGCGCCGAGAGGUAUGACGCAGUAUGUUGAUGCAGUUCGUUGGUC